AUGAAGUUGGUUAACUUUUUAAAAAAGCUGCGCAAUGAGCAGGUUACCAUAGAACUAAAAAACGGUACCACCGUUUGGGGUACACUGCAGUCGGUAUCACCACAAAUGAAUGCUAUCUUAACUGACGUGAAGUUGACCCUACCACAACCCCGACUAAAUAAAUUGAACAGUAAUGGUAUUGCGAUGGCUAGUCUGUACUUGACUGGAGGACAGCAACCUACUGCAAGUGACAACAUAGCAAGUUUGCAAUACAUAAACAUUAGAGGCAAUACCAUAAGACAGAUAAUCUUACCUGAUUCCUUGAACCUGGAUUCACUUUUGGUUGACCAAAAGCAACUUAAUUCCCUAAGAAGAUCGGGUCAAAUUGCAAAUGACCCCAGCAAAAAGAGAAGGCGCGAUUUUGGUGCACCAGCGAAUAAAAGGCCAAGAAGAGGUCUAUGA